AUGUCAGACUCUCAGGAUUGCCAUGAGCUUCUCUCUGACUCUCAAAAGUAUACUAUCUCUCAUCCUAUUUUAUGCGAAACACCACAGGUCUCACAAAUGGCAGUUGACUACUUGGCACACGCUUCCACCAAUAAGCACAUCUAUUACCCCUCGCCGAAUGGGCCCACUUCAUCUUUCCAAGACAAUGACAACUCCUCGAUACUGCCUCCGCAGCGACGUAGAGUCAACCCCGAGAGUCUUGCAGCCCGCCUCGGCCCAGAUCUUGUUACCGAGCUUGAAAGGCAUAUAAUACCUGGAAAUAUUGAAAUGCCAUCAUUCAGUGUGCGUAGAGAUGUCCAGGUCAAGUUUGGUAUCGAUAGGCGACAGAUCUACGACUUUUAUCACAGCAGAGGGUUGCGCUGUAUCAAAGAGGAGAAGGGAGUGCGACCCGGAGGGUUCUUUCCAGAGGGUCGGACACGACCUGCCAGACAGCCCAUACCGCCGCCUAGCCCCAAUUUGCUAGAGCCUAAAAAGCGAAGGGCUGCUGCUGCAUCUGCUGCCGCCGUUCUGACCAAGCCCCAUCGAGUGCCGCGUAAAAGUAGGACCAUGCGAAGAAAGCAUACUCCCUCUGACAACUUCGCGGAAAGCGUACUCUCGGAGUUCAUUGAUGACCCUUCUGAUUCUGGGUGCAUUAUAGCUAUGCCCGAGAUCUGCGAACUUACUUGGGACGGUCAACAUGCGGACUUUAUCCCUCGCAUACAUCCGCUCGAGGACAGUUUCCUUCAACGCGCCGUCAGUGACGAGGACUACGCCUCGCGAACCCAGCCUCUUCUAGAACGUCUGGCAGAAUUGCAAGGGUUUCGUACCUAUGUCACUCCGUCAUCCUCAAGCUCUUCGAUUUCGUCAAUCUCUUCGGCCUCUUCUAAUUCCUCCAUUUCCACCGCCCUUUCAUCGCAAUCCGAUUUUCCUUCGUCCCUUGCACUAUCUGCGACACCUGAAACACAGCCGAAGCUAGCAGCUACCUCCCUCAAAGAAGUUGAACGGGAGGAACAUUACGACUGGCUUUCUGGUCUUCUCGGUCCAGCCAUGGGCAUCCAAGAAAAUGUUGGAACUUACAGGUCGUAUAUGGAAUGUCAGCGCCGGGUUUAUCUCGAACGACUUCUGGAUGUGGACGGUUGGAAAUGUGCUCCAUGCUCGCCUGUGACGAACGAAUUCAAAGGUUGGGUCUCCCGCCCCGUUCCGAACCAAUCCCCACUGCAGAACCUCCCCUUCCGGUCAGUUGGACAACCUCAGGUUGACGCCGAUGAAGUUCCUGUCUCUUCCGAUUCGCUAGAUUCACUUUUUCCUCGAUUGGAUAUGGAACAGCGUACACCCUUGUCUCCUAACAAUCCUGACUAUCUUUCCGACUGCUUUGGGCCCUCGACUUCCUUGGCUGUUAGGGAAGUUGGCGUUCAGAUUGAAGACGCUAUCCGAGGCCCCAAGCAGACGGCUCAGGCUCAUUGCCGGCGGGAGAGCCAUAUCAGUGCAGGAAGGCACAUUCGGUUUGAUACAAAUUCAGAUGCAUCAUGCAUCCGCAAAUUUCAGACAGAAGUCAUCAGGAUAGUACGCAGGCGGACGUUUUCGAGUGGAGGGGAAUUAUGA